GGGAGCGCGGGGAGCCGCGGAGCUCCCGAUCCCCGCGCUUGGGUUUCUAUUGUAGGCGGCGCAUUCCUCGGGAGGGAGGGUGCGUGUGUGUGUCGGUGCCUUCCCACACUCGGGGCAGCUCUUAUUUAAUGGGGGUCUCCAUGCAGGGCAGACACCAGAGGAGGUUUUUGCCGUCCCCAGCUCCCAGCGAGGAAGAGCAUCUCGCCAGGCAGGCGCUGCCAUGGAGCGUGUGGUCGAGAUAACGCCGGAGGUAGCGGCUCCCGGGAUCAGCCAAGGUUUUGGGAUGCACCUCAGGAAGGAUUUGAGGAGGAUGCGGUGCGCGGUGCUGCUGUGCCUGCUCUCGGUGCUGGUCCUCAUGCUGCCCAUCGCCUACCUGCUGGUCGGGAACCUGCGAGCGCCCAGCUCCUGCGGCAGCCAGGUCCCAGAGGAGAGGGGCUCCCUCUUUCUGAAGCAACGGGCAGUAGAUGUUACAGACUCACUUUCCAGUGCAGAGAAGCCCCGAGCUCACCUGACAGUGAAGAGACAAGACCCCAGCGGCGCCGUGGGGAACCACCUGCCCAUCCUGCAGUGGGAAGACAAGCGAGGCUUGGCCUUUACCAAGAACAACCUGAGUUAUUCCAGCAACGCUCUGGUGAUUCCUGUGUCUGGGGACUACUAUGUCUAUGCUCAGGUCACGUUCCGAGGGCUCAUCGAGAGCCCCAGCAAACACAUUUCUGUCACUGAGAUCAUCACCAAGGUCACUGACAGCUACCCCGAGCCCACCCAGCUGCUGACAGGCACCAAGACCCUCAGUGAGAACUGGAAUGGCUGGUACCAGCCCAUUUAUCUGGGAGCUGUGGUCUCCUUGGAAGUGGGGGACAAGCUGAUGGUCAACGUCAGCGACAUCAAGCUGGUGGAUUACACCAAGGAGCACAAAACCUUCUUUGGGGCCUUUUUGCUGUAGGUCUCUGGCAGCAGCUGGGGGGGUUUUCCCUUCAGGGCCCUGGGAGGACCUCGAUGGACUUUGGCUUUGUUGAGUGUGCGUUGGGGUGCGAUUCCUGCUGUUGUCCCUCCUCUGUACCACCAAGCCCCUGCAGCUCACUGGAGCCUUCAUUUAAUGGGUAGGGAAAGCUGAAGCUGCAGGUUGAACUGAAAUAACAUC